AUGGCAACCUCGCACGACCUGCUGCUCGGGCCAAGCCCCAAUGGCCAGCGCUACGAGCUCAACAGCCCGACGGCACUCCCCGUGGCCAGCGGCUUUCUCUGGAACAAGAGGAUGAUGGUUCACUCAACGUGCCGGGGGUACUCGACAGCGCAGUUUAUGCAGCCUGAGCCUGCCAAAUACUCCCACGCGCCCAACAUUGAAGCCAAGACCUUUAUGCAGCCCGAGCAGAACUACUACGCCCACCACCCUGGCCGAUUCGUGUACAUCAAGGACGAGGACACCAAUGAACUCUUCUCCGCCCCCUAUGAGCCUGUUCGGGGGAAACUGGAUCGCUUCAACUUUUCCCAUGGCCAGAGCGACCUCCAAUGGACGGUCGAGAAGCUCGGCAUCCGCGUCGAAAUGACGCUGACGCUCACAGUGGACGAGGCGGUCGAGCUGUGGUCCGUCAAGGUCAUCAAUGUCUCGGGUCGCCCACGCCACAUCAGCGUUUAUCCGCACUUUUCCAUCGGCUACAUGUCGUGGAUGAACCAGGGCGCCUCCUACAGGGAAGAUCUCGGGGGUGUCGUGGGCACCAGCGUCACGCCUUAUCAGAAACCCGAGGACUGGCCCAAGCAGAAGGACUUUAAGGACAAGACGUACUUUCUGUGCGAGAAGCCCCCCGUGGCGUGGGAGGCACGGCAGUCGGCAUUCGAAGGCGAGGGUGGCCUCCACGCACCGUCGUCGAUACUGGAGGCCCCACGUCUUUCGAAUAGUGAUGCCAUCUACGAGACGCCCACUGCCGUUGUCCAGUACAGCGAGCAAUUUGGGCCGGGCGAGGAGCAAGAGUAUCGCUUCAUCUUCGGGCCCGCCAAGACCGAUGAUGAGAUCAGGGAGAUGCGUAAGGCCUGGCUCAGCGCGGAGAGCUUCGCAUCGGCGGCGAGGGACUACCACGGCUAUGUGACCGCUGGCGCGGGCUGCCUGCGGAUUGAGACGCCCGACAAGGACCUCGAUAACUUUGUGAACAACUGGCUGCCCCGUCAGGUGUACUACCACGGUGUGACGAAUCGUCUCUCUACGGAUCCGCAGACGAGAAACUACAUGCAGGACAACAUGGGUAUGGCAUACAUCGACCCGGAUGUGUGUCGCGAGUCCAUCAUCACGGCCCUGUCGCAACAAAAAGAGGACGGCUCGAUGCCGGAUGGCAUUCUGCUGGCCGCCGGCGCGACGCUGAAAUACAUCAACCAGAUCCCCCACACAGAUCACUGCGUCUGGCUGCCGGUGGCCUUGGAGCUAUACCUGGGUGAGACGGGUGAUUUUGGCAUCCUCAAGCAGGAUGUGACGGGCGUCAAGAACGAGACGUACACUGUCUUUGACCGCUUCUGCCGCGCAAUGGACUGGCUCCUGACGGCGUGCGACGAACGUGGCCUGAGCUACCUGGCGCAGGGCGACUGGUGCGAUCCGAUGAACAUGGCGGGCAUCAAGGGCAAGGGCGUCUCCGGAUGGCUCACGGUGGCGACGGCGUAUGCGGCGAGCCUGUGGGCAGACAUUUGCGACGAGGUUGGCCAGAUAGACCUCGCUGCGCACUUUCGCAACGGCGUGACCCGGUUCAACGCGUCGGCCAACGAGCAUCUCUGGGACGGCGAGUGGUACGCGCGCGGCAUCACCGACGACAAUGUCAAGUUUGGCGUCGCUGCCGACAAGGAGGGCCGCAUCUGGCUCAACCCGCAGGCGUGGUCCAUCCUGGGCGGCGCCGCCUCGCGGGAGCAGAUCGCCAAGAUGCUGCCCCAGGUUGAGAGGCAGCUCGGCACUCCGUACGGCGCUGCCAUGUUCGCGCCACCGUACAGCGGGAUGCGCGACGACGUGGGCCGCGUGACGCAAAAGUUCCCCGGCAACGGCGAGAACGGGUCCGUCUACAACCACGCGUCCGUCUUUUACAUCCACAGCCUGUACCACAUUGGCGAGGCGGACCGCGCGUACGCGCUCCUGCGCCAGAUGAUCCCGGGGCCCUCGGACGCGGAUUACAUCCAGCGCGGGCAGAUGCCCAUCUUCAUCCCCAACUACUACCGCGGCGCCUACCACGAGUACCCGCGCACGGCGGGCCGGUCGAGCCAGCUGUUCAACACGGGCACCGUCUCGUGGGCGUACCGCUCCUUCAUCGAGGGUCUCUGCGGCCUGCAGGGCGACAAGGACGGGCUCAAGGUGAACCCGCAGCUGCCCUCGCACUGGGAGGGCAUCAAGGUGACGAGGAUGUUCCGGGGCGCCACGCUGGUCUUUGACAUGCGUCGGGCGGACGUCGAGACGGUCACGGUGUCGCUUGGCAAGGAGGUCCUGCCCGAAGCGCGGGUGACGGGGUUCAAGGAGGGCGAGACACUCGAGCUGUCGGUUGCUGUGCCCAGGGCUCAAUAG